AUGUUCGGUAUACUAGAAGACUACCGAAUGAGGUUGAACCCAACGAAGUGCGCCUUCGGUGUAUCUUCGGGGAAAUUUCUCGGAUUCAUGAUCAGCCAAAGAGGAAUCGAGGCCAAUCCCGAGAAAAUCAAAGCCAUAAUCGACAUGAAGACGCCGAAGACGCAGAAAGACAUUCAAAGCCUUACCGGACGUGUCGCUGCCUUAACGCGCUUCAUCUCCAAGGCCACCGAGCAUUUCAAGACUUGA